AUGGCCCACAUGUUUCAAAGGAUUUGGAACUUUCUCAACGCCGGCUGGUCAGACACGUCUGAGCAGCGGGUGGCCGGGACACGACAAGACUGGAAACUGAUGGCCACCCCCGAGCCCCCAGGCGCCUGGCCUGACACGCCGGCAAAGACACCACCGUAUCGACGUCCCGUUUACGGCAAAUGGAAAGCACCCAAGUUCGGCCACCGGAGCGCGAAAAAAACCUCGCCCUACGCAUGGAACAAGCUCGCAGCGGAAAGAAAAGAUUACCACCCGCUCGAUCCCACGAGCGAGCUCACGUCGGUCAAGAACAUUGACAAGGUUCCCGAAAGAUUCUGGAACGUGGAGGAGGCCGCGAGGGAGGCAAAGGAACAGGAAAAGGACUGGGUGGGGAAACGGGAGGUGCCCAGGUUCUAUCGGAUCGACGACCCGUUCAUGCCGGACCAUGAACGGGAGGAUUACAAUCUGGAUCCGCGGCUGAACCCAGAUGCGCGGACAAAGGACCGGUUUGGGUAUAUCACCAAGCAGUUUAGGAAUGCUGUUAGGGAGAUUGUCAAUGGGAAGGAUGUUAACACCACGCUGAGGAUGUUUCUCGAGGCCAACUUUACGACGCAGCAGCUGGCCAAGAUUUGGCCUUUGAUCCCUGUCGCGUACAGCAGCAACCGGGCUGAGGCGCUGAUUCAGGCGGCGGAUAUGCUUGGGUAUCAGAGGUUGAGGCCUCAGAUUGGCAAGGUGUUGGGGUAUGAUGCUGAGGAUGAGGCGUGGGAUUUGCCGUCGAGGCUGGCGGCGUUUUAUAUUGGGGUGCCCAUCCCGGCGCCGGGGGCUGAGGUGCAGGGCAAUAUGUUCGAGCCGGGGUCGAAAGAGUUUCGGGAGCAAUACUUUGAGGAUACGUAUUACUUUUUGAAUGACUUCAAGAAGUAUAUUCCGGAGCCUGCGAAGGCCCUGAAUAAUGUCACCGCCUCGCCAGUACCCAAAAAGAUGGGUGAUGGGAGGAGACUGUUGUUGACGAGGAGGAAAGAAGAAAAGCGGUAUGGGCCUUACUAUGAUGGGCCGGUUGGGUUCAGAGGGAGGUCAUCUGGUUUUAUAGGGAAGCCCCCGUCGCUUGCGGGGAUGAAACGGAGGCCUUAUCAUGAGAAUGACCUGGAUAUGUACGCUGAUGACGAGGGGAAUUGGCAGCUCAAACCGCCGCCCUGGAUGCGCCGGCUCCAGGACGAUGCAGGGCUUCGAGGAGGUGGGAAUGAUCUCGAAGAACUGGAAGAGGAUGAGUGGGAGGACGAGCUCGAGGAGACAGGGUUCGAGGCGGCGGAGGUGAGCUCAGACGGUGGGUCCGAUGUGGUGAUGGGGGAAGAGCAAGACCUCGUGUCUGAUGAGGAGAGCACCAAGGAAGGCUCCGAUGUGGACAUGGUGGCGCUGGAGGACCUCGCCUCGCGCGAAGGUGAUUUGGACGUGAACGCCUAUCUCGACAUGAUGGAAACAAACGAGAUAGGCCUUCGCGGUGGAGGUUUGGAUGGCGAUUGGGACAUGGAAGAGGAAGAGGAUGAGAGCGACGACGACCUGCACAUCAGAGGUGGCAUGGCAGAUGAAGAACCUCCGAAAAGUAAGCAGUGGAGGAAUCUAGCAAAAUACCCACCGCCGUCGACCCUCGACAAUGCCUCGGAUCGAUGGUCACUGGACGAGAAAAGGGCGCCGACGUUUAAAACCAAGGUUGGCCAGUUGGAGAAGCAGUUCGCCAAGGAAACUGAUUUCCAGCCUGGAAAGAGCCUGAUGAUCCCGCUUCAUGGGUACCAGGGUGUUGUCUGGUUCCGUCGUGGGAUCUUUAACAGCUUUGUGGACGCCGUUGACCGUCUGCUUGGCCUUGACAGCAGAGCUGGAGUGACUUACAACCUCUACGUCAUGGAUCCCAGCAAGGAUUAUGAGUUGCAAGAGGAGAAGGACGCAUUUCUCGCUGAUAUCAACCAGCAUGCCUGCCGCGUGCAGUGUGCUGGGGUAGGUGCCCUUGCCAAGGACCGCGUCGCAUUCAACUGGCUUUGCCAGCAGAUCGACAAGCAAUACCGUCCAGGAGACAGCGCGUACUUUGGGAAGCUGAUCCCCUUCGUGGCAGGUCCACAUGACCCCAUUCCCUGGAAGUGGGAGCCGGGAGCCAGACACCAUGUUGGAAAGGUCACCUUGGACUGGCCACAGUUGAAAGGGAGAGGUAGACCAGACGUUGCUUACCUUCGGUUGCCGUUGCCCGCCGGGGACGAUGCUCCUGCCACUGCCUUCUUCACGAAUCAGUACAGCCGCUGGAUGCAACAAGUAUGCCGUGUGUUGGUACCGGGAGCUAUCCGCGACCGUCCAGGCCGCCCAGCGAUCCCAGCUGCGCUGAUAAAUGCCUUCACCACCGACGAGCAGGGCAAUCCAACCCAAGCUCCGGUAACAUAUGGAGGUUUGGCCUUUCUCAAGUCAAACUGGGAGGUAAUUGCGGCGCAACUCGACGUAGUCAACGCCAAGAAAUACACUUACGCGGUAACGCUUCGGGCAUUCGCUCCAGGGGGGGCGGGGCAGGUUUCCGAUCGAUGGCACAUUUUGGCCCCUGGCCAGACAAAGGCAUAUGACAGCGCGUGUGACGACUGGCAUCUGACGCACUUGGAACUGACGGCUCCAUCGAUUGUUGCCGAGAGGUUGCUCAGACCGAUCCUUGCGAGUGAAAUCUGGAAGACAGCAGAAGGGGUCCCUUUCGCUGGGCUGACCUACCUCGAGGUUUUCUUUCCUGGCGAGAACUGGCUCGGGCCACACUUUGGAAAAUACCCUGUUGCUGACGAAACGGGUGCACCUCCAUCCCUCUACAUAAGCCUUGUCGACGUACUCGAUACGAGUAGCCCGGAUGCAGAGUUCACCCCGGCAUUAAGCAGAGCCUUUACGCCUCUUGUUGAGGCGUUUGUCGAGUUGAUGGCGAAGAUAGAGAAGCUGACAAAGGAAGCGAUCUACCCCAAGGGUGUUAAAGCACCCAGCCCACUCAGCCUGUUCCCUCAGUUUAUCGUGUCACGACCGGUCUGGAGGAGGUAUAGUUUCCAGGAUGCCUCCUACGACGGGGCUUCGGUGCAUGAGUGCCCACUGUCUCUGUGGGAGAUCUCACUUGACAAACUCCGAGAGUUCGUGGGCAAAGUGAUGGCAAACGGGGGGCCGUUUGACAGCAAGACGGACCACUUCAGCAUCACCCAAGGCUUUGACCCCGACCUCCCUGACAUUCUUGUUAGUCCAUCCAUGACUGAGACUGAAUGGGAAGUGGCCCGGAGGCUCAUUGUCCACCCUUACCUGCGGAUCAACAAGGUGGAUGAGCAAUCGUUGCCGGUUUUUGAGGACAUCUAUGAGCAUCAGCCGUUCGGUUAUCGCGACAUCUACACCGAAACUCCACAGAAAAAGCUAUGGGGCAGAUACAAACCGCCGCCGGUUACGCACAACUUUGACUGGCAAUUGUAUCGUGCGACACCGAUUGAAGACUUGGGGACAUGGCAGCCCUGGGAGAAGCAGUUGAAAGUUCCGGUGCUAGAUUUCCUUCCAGAUGAUUUUCAACUCGUGAAGAUACCGAAGGACAAGCCAGAGUUGCCGGAACAAUCCGAGCCACCUCCGCUGACGCGGCCGCUGCAUCUGAGCGUCGCGCCUGUUCAACAGGAGCAGCCUAAAGAAAAGCCCCGUAUGCAGCCGACUCCCAGUCCGACCCAUAACAAGAGGCGGAGAGUGACCCUUUCCACCGAGACGGGAAAGCCAACGCUGGGCCAUUACACUACACCCCGGGUCAAACCGGUCAAACCCGUCGCACGUUCUACAAUCAGGACACCCCAAAAGCCCAGGGGAUCUCCGAAACCAUUUACAGCCCCCCGUAAGCCCAAGGGUGCUGUCGACCCCCGUAUCGCCCAGGCCUUUGCAGGACGGGCGGCGAAGAGGGCUCCCAAAGAGCCAACAAAGGAACCAACCACCACGACCAAACCAACAAAGAAAAGCCCGGCAAAGACGGGUGUGAUUCCGCCCGACCCCCAGCAUUGGGUAGAAAAUCCAAACCGCCCUGGAUACUGGAUUAGAAAGUGGCCAACCACCAAGCCCGGGGUUGGUCUCCCAGAUAUCACGGCAAAGGAAAACUACUGGAACCAAGUCCAUGCCAACAACGAGGCAGAAGCAGCCGGCUACAAGAACAGGGAAACCUUAGACCAAGUGUACAGGAAGAGGAUCCAAGAACUCACCGGCGAAAGCGAUCCCACCCCACCCGCUCCUGCCAGCACCAGUCCUGCCACCCCCUAUCCUCCCGGCAAGCGUGACGCCUCCAAGUUCGACCCAACAGACACCACACCCCGUCCCCCCGGCCCCGGUGCGGAAAACAAGAAGCCAGCUUCCCCUCCCAAACCACCUUACUCCACCCUGGAGGACAUCAAGGCCUUGGACACGCUGACAAAGGCAAAGCUGCUUUACACCACCAAGCUCGCCCCCGGAGCACCCCCCACAAUCGACCCUACCGACCCUCCCCUGGAAGAUCCACCCGUCAUCCGCGAGGUGGUCACCGCCCACAAACCCAGCAUGUCCCCUAACCUCAUCUCCAAAGUAGGCAUCCAACCUUACACCCUCCACCCGCCACCCAUCCCGGAAGGACUCCGCGCGAGGGCCAUUCAAGACCUGGCUCUCCAGACGAGAAACUGUCCCUUCUUCCAGUGCUACCUCCCUGUUUUGCGCACCCCCGAGACGGCAGUCGACCACUUCCGCAAAGUGCACAAGCGUGAGCCAUGCCCCAUCUGCAUGGACUUCGUCGGCCAGGGCUGGGAUGCCGCCAAGUGGGACGAGCACUACGGGGAUGAGAUACAUGUCGAGUGGUUGGAGAAGUGGUGCACCAACCCUGUCGGGAAACCGCUCAAGCUGGGGAUUUUUACCGACGAGGGGAUCCCGGCGGAGGAUCUGACGGGGUUUGAGUGGGAGACCCCGUUUGAUCCUGACGUGCCGAAUGUGCGGGCUAGACCGUCGUGGUUUGAUGAGGAUGAUGGCAUGGCUGGGCUGGUGGCGGCUUCGAGGGGGAGUUGGGAAGGGGGGGUCCCGGUAAGUGAGAUUAGGAAGAGGAGUCUGAGGAAGUGGAGUAGGUAUAUGGCUCAGAUUGGGAGGACGCCGGGGUUGGGUAUUGGGGUUGGGAAGGGGAAUAGUGCUUUGGUGUCGGUGGGGGGGUGUUAUGAUGAUGAGGUGGAUGGGAUGGGGUUUGAUGGGGCUGGGGAUACUCCUGAGAGACGUACCGGUGUCUCGGCUGGGACUCAGACCACGCCGGUGCAGGUGAGCAGCUCGACAGAGGAGGAGGAGGAGGAGGAGGAGGAGGCAGGUGAGGAUGAGGAGGGUGCCCUGGAAGAUUAUCACUCGUCACAGGACGACAACUCGGGAGACGAGCCCGAUCGGUUUGAAUUUCCGGAUGAAGGACCGUACAGGGCUCCGGGGCAGCGCUUCAGCCCUAGGACCAUGCGGGAGAACAUGCGGACUGUCAGUCAGAGACACAUGGUGGGGCAGAUCGAAAGACGGAUCGGGAUGAGAGGGCUUCCACAGGGGUUGAAACCGUGGCAGUACAAGGAGAUCAUGGAGGGACUGGGACAUGAUGGGAACCAGUGGGGACUGAGGACGACGAGGAUCAGACCAGGCCGUGUUGGUCUGGGUGAGGUUGACGAUUUUCCAGUUCGCGACAAUGAAAACGAUGGUGAUGGUGGUGGUGGUGGUGGCGGUGGUGGUGGUACUCAGCAGACUGAACCACCAACGGAGGGUCCUGAUCCUCCAGUAGCUCCACAACCUACAACGUCCAGCAAGAAACCGACUGCACGUCGUCCGCUGACCGAGGAACAAAAGCAAAGAAUAAGGGAAAAAGAAGAAAAGAGGCGAAGGCGUCAGCGACGAGAGGAGGAUCCCAACUAUGUCCCCACCGGCGAGACGUCCGAAUCAUCCGACGAGUUCCUCGUUGUCUCUGAUGAGGAUGAGGAGACCCCCGCGGUGAACCAGCCUGGGAAACGAAAGCUGCCGCCAGAUACCAGUGCCACGAAGCAGCGCCCGGGGAAGAGACAGAGAAGAGACUCCGAGGACGGCACGUACAAGCCUGACAAGGAAACGGAACAGCAGAUCGCCCAAGAGGACAAGGUGCUGGAGGAGGAGUUCAAGGCCAUUGCCGAGUGGGAUGAUGAAGUGAAGCAGAUGAUGGGGGACGGGCCGGUCAAUCAGUGGCAACGGCUGCUAGCUCUUGUUAGUCAGACGGUGAGGAAGAAGGAGGAGCAGAGGGAUCGGUUGAAUGUGUUGAGGGAUAAGAAGAAGAAUAGCGCGAACGGAGAGAUGAGCAAACACGAUGAGAGGAGAUGGAAAGAGAUCAAAGCCGAAUUGGGCAAGUUGGCGAGGUCUGAGAAGGAGUAUAGGCGCCUAGCGACGCGAUUGGAAAACGAAAAUGAAGAGGUGAAGGCUGAGGCUGACAGGCGAGCGACCCCUAUGCAAACUCUUGGGAAGAGGGCGAGGAACAUUAGUUUCAGGGAGCCGUUGGAGAGGGGACAGUCGCCGCCGAGGCAGCACCAGGGCGCCAUCCCGUCGGCUCUGAAGAGGACGGAGAGUGCGGAGCAGGCUGAGCAGGCUGAGCAGGCUGAGCACCCGUGGGCGCGGUACAUGGAUCUCAUGGGACAGGCCGAUCAAGAUGACGACGGCUUGUAUCCAUACCGACAUGUUCUUGGGGCCACGGGGGAGGAUGACCUGUAUGGGGAUGGUGGGUAUGGGUAUGGAGAUGAGUAG